AUGAUCGAGGCUGGAUUUUAUAUACCUAUUGCUGCCGUCUCGGGCUUCUGGCUCCUUGUUGGCCUCCUGGGUCCUCUUUUAGUUCCCAAGAGUCCAAAUAGAGGUAUAUGGAUAACGUCCAUUGUGUUGACCGCCAUAUGUUGCUAUAUAUUUUGGUUCAUAUUCUUCCUGGCGCAGUGGCACCCUUUGUACGGCCCUGUUCUGUCAAAUGAGCUCAUCCGACUCAUCAAUAUGGCUUGGGGUACCGUCUAA